AUGUUUAUUCAUGAAAAUCCUCAAUUUAAAAAAACGGUUGGCCCUAAUGGAUAUAUUAAAUUUCGUUCAGAUUCUUGGAAGGAUCAUAAAAAAGCUUUUCCAAAAGCAAAGUCUCAUGAAUUUUCAGCUAUCGCAGCAGAUAAAUGGAGAGAAUUAUCAGAUGCUGAAAAAAAUAAAUACAUCAUGUUAUCUGAAGAGGAAAAGAGAAAAAAAUGCAACUCGAAAAAAGUUAAACCAAAGAAUAAAGUUAAACGCACCUACAGAAAAAAAAAUGGAAUUAAAAAAAAAUCCAAAUCCAAAAAGAGUUGCAUAAAGAGCAAGAAUGGUUCAAAAAUUGACGAUGUUGCACAACUGAACCAAUUAACUUUCCAAAAUCAGGAGGUAUUAGGCGACAUCAAUAUUGAUCAUAUCAAUAGCAAUCAGAACGUUAUGUUGCCGGAUGUCCCAAUUACCGACAAUACAUACUAUCCAAUUGGAAUUUAUAAUACCAACGACUCAUUUUCUCCAUCAAUUGGUUACCAUUCACAUGGUUGUGGUACCGACCAGUGUUCUCCUAUUUUACCCGUAGCGACAACUGCUGGCAUGUAUUACGACUUUCUAUCAUUUCAAGAAUCGCAAAUCUUUAAUAAUACUUUUACGAAUGUUUUUAAUCCUAAUGAAGGAGGUAUUUUGAUGAAUACAAUUGAGAACUGUAACAAUCAAAUUUAUGAUGACCAAAUCAUGUCUCCUGAAAUGUUGUUAAAGGCUCAUGAGAUUUACCUAUCUCUUACAGGCAAUUCGAGAUCAUUCGAGAAUUUCAUCACGUAUUUAUUUCAAUCAUAA